AGUUUUGACUCGUCUGAGAAGAGACGUGUGACUGUACUUAAAUGGUUAAAUUAAAAUAUUUUAACGUUGUUGUUGUUCGCGCUCUUUGUCACGACUUCAACACGCUCGUGUUUUUGAUAGUGUUAUUAUCUGAUAAAACGUUUCGUCAAAUCGUACGAUACACAUCAUGUUAUUUUUUUCGGGACGUUAAAGCAUUUGAUUUGGACACGCUUUUGUCACAGGGUUCGCAAUGAUACAUUAGGAGUGGUCUUCGAAAACCUUCCAAGCCGUGCAUUACAGGAAGUACCUAUUUAAAAGUGAUAGCCUGAGCGCUAUCUAGCGUAUUAAUUAGAUAGUUUGAACGAACGUGGGCACUGGGCAUACACGACGGACAAUGGGCAUAGGGUUCGGCAACUACUACACUCGUCGUACGUAUCGCCACAGUUCAUUUCAACGACCGGGUCAACAUCGCCAACUUGACACACGCGCGACUUCGACAGUUUGACCAUAGACUAAGAUUUACGUGCCCUACUAAUUGGCGAAAUGUGUUAUAAAACCGAAACGCGUUCCAACUGCCAACAUUCAACUGUAUACAUGUAGUAUGGUAGUAUGGACCAGGCUUGCGGUUCUAAACACUUGUAAUUACCUAUUUCGAUGUACGGUAGUUAAGCGGCAACUUGUUAAUCUGAAAACGUGAUUUCGACCGCCGACCGCAGUCACGAGUCACACGAUAAACUGUUGAUUUGUAUUUUAUUAUCUUUUCUUCGCGUUAAAUAAGUCAUACUAUUUCGUGUAGCGCCGUAUUGAGUAUUUACAAGUAUAAUCAUUUUUUUUGUCCGAUUUAUUUAAUAAUCAAUUAUUCAUUAAAUUUGAUUAAAACUGCGUAUCUGACCAUGUCGGACAUUUUUGUUAAGUUUAACAUACGCCACGUAAAAACAUUAACUGAGGUUAACAUGAAACUUCCUGAAGGUUUAAAUGAACUAAUAGAUUCACUGAAAAAUGAAUUAAAAUUGGAAGAAACAGAUGAACUUGUGAUAUUAUGUCCAACACCCGAUGGAAAUAUGAUAGAACUUCAAUCGGAUGAUGAUGUCAAUUUUUUAAAGAAAACUAGAAUGGCCUAUGAUGUUGUAACCAAAGAAAUUAGUUGCAAAUCUGAACUUGUAGUAAAUGUAAUUAAAAACUUGCCAGAUGACACAAAAGCUCAAUUUAUGAUUUUAUCAAAAAAAACUAACGACUUAAUAAUUAAAGCUGAUAAAUUAUCAAAUGAUUUUAUCAAAAACAUAGAUGAAUUUAAAACCAGCACUUUUUCAACCAUUAGGUCGAUUUUAACUGAGUACUUACAGAAAGAUUCUGAAAACAAAUCAAAGGAUAAUUUCACUGGUGAAGUAGACUCGAUGGAUUUGAAGAUUAAUUUGGAUGAAAAUAAGAAAAAUACUGAGGAAGACAAGGAAAAGUUGUCACCAGAAACUAACGAUGACUCAUCAGCCAUGUUGGAAAACAAAAGAUUGGAUAUACCUACACCUGUUCCACGUCAUUUUGAUGUUUUAAUAAAUAAAUUAGCAGCAGAUGGAUUUAACCACAAUUUGCUGAAUAUUAUAACAUUGAAGAGAUUCGAUAAUGAUUAUGAAAAAACCGUAAAUUAUUUAAAAACACAUCAUAUUUAUAAUAAAUCAUCAUAAUUUGUAUUAUAUAAUUAGUAUCAUGCACUUAUUAUAUAUUGCAAAUGGAAAAUUAAAAAAAAAUGUAACUUGUAAA